ACAACGCAUCCAUCAGCUACUCAGUCUUGAAACCAUUCAAGACAAAGUCAUGGAAAUAAAUUGACAGAAACAACACGAAGAGGAAGGAGGAACAUCCAAUUAGAAAACAGUUAAAAGGGUAAUGGGAGAAGUUCAAGGUAAACAGAACAUGCAGUCACCUUGCCUGAAUGAAGUCACUCAAGUAUGCCCACAUAGCUGUUGUCCAUCUCCUUUCUUUAACUCGCCGGAGCCUCUGAACAAAGUCUCCAAGCCUAGAAGUAUUUCUGCCGAUUGUCGUCGAGACUUUGUUGCAACAACUACUUCUUCUAUUUUCCCCAACACCCAAUUCACCAAUCAUGAAUCUCUCCCAUCUCUGCAAAAAUCUUUCUCUGAUUUUUCCAAAGCUUAUCCGCAGUAUGCUGACACAUAUCAAAUUGAUCAAAUAAGAGCCACAGAGUACUAUCAUCUCUCACUCUCCAACCAUAUUUGUCUUGAUUACAUUGGCAUAGGCCUCUUCUCUUAUUAUCAGUUGCAGAACCAAGAGUCUUCUAAGUAUCAAACUGCAUCUUCUUCUUCCCCUUCCCCUUCCCCUUUACCGCAAGCUUCACCCGCUCAAAUUUCGGAUAUUCCUUUCUUUAGUGUGUCCUACAAGACGGGGAAUCUGAAGACGCAAUUACUUCAUGGGGGGGCUGAAUCAGAACUGGAAUCUGCAAUGAAGAAAAAGAUCAUGAAUUUUCUGAAUAUUUCUGAGAAUGAUUACAGCAUGGUUUUCACUGCAAACAGAACAUCAGCUUUCAAACUUUUAGCGGAAUCUUAUCCGUUCCAGUCUAGUCAGAAACUUCUAACAGUUUAUGACUACGAGAGCGAGGCGGUGGAAGCCAUGAUAAAUACUUCUGAGAAGAAGGGAGCAACAGUCAUGUCAGCUGAGUUCUCAUGGCCAAGACUGAGGAUUCACACUGCAAAAUUGAAAAAAAUGUUAGUGAGUAAGAGCAAGAAGAAAAAGAAGAGGGGACUAUUUGUGUUCCCUCUUCAUUCUAGAGUGACAGGGGCAAGAUAUCCGUAUCUGUGGAUGAGGAUCGCUCAGGAGAAUGGUUGGCACAUCUUGAUCGAUGCUUGCGCUUUGGGGCCAAAAGAUAUGGACAGUUUUGGCCUCUCCCUCCUUCGCCCGGACUUCCUCAUUUGUUCCUUCUACAAGAUUUUUGGGGAAAACCCAUCUGGUUUUGGAUGCCUAUUUGUUAAAAAAUCAACUGUUCCAAUUCUGGAAGGUGAAACGAGUUCCGGAAUGGUCAGUCUUCUACCGGCAAAACAGUUUUGUUUAAUGGAAGAAUCUUUGAGUGCCAAAACAGAACUUGAACAGACAUCAAAGUUUAAGCAACAAGUGGAUGAACUAUCAGCAUCAAACUCAUUCUCAGGUCCAAUAUCCAUUCAAACACUGGGGAUUAUAAAAGUGGAGCCAGAAGAAAUUCCCAAGAUUCAAAAGUCCGAAAUUGUGGCAAAACCAAAAGGAAGUGAAGCUUCUGAAACUAAAGGAGAUGAGAUCAUAGAAAUUGAAUGCAGGGGUUUGGAUCAGGUGGACUCAUUGGGGCUGACAAGGAUUAGUAGAAGAGCAAGGUGUCUGAUCAAUUGGCUGGCGAAUGCAAUGUCAAAGCUCCUACAUCCUAACACAGAUGGGGUUGCCCUGGUUAAAAUAUAUGGGCCAAAGAUAAAAUUUGAUCGGGGACCUGCAUUGGCAUUCAAUGUAUUUGAUUGGAAAGGGGAAAAGGUUGAACCUGUUCUUGUUCAAAAGCUUGCCGAUCGAAAAAAUAUAUCUCUUAGCUAUGGAUCAUUGCAUCACAUAUGUUUCUCGGACAAGUAUCAAAGAGAGAAGGACAAAGUUCUUGAUAAAAAUGGCAUGGCGGAAAGCAAGAAGAAAGAUAAAAAAGACCCCGGAAUAACUGUAGUUACCGCUUCACUAGGAUUUCUAGCCAAUUUCGAAGACAUUUACAGGCUUUGGGCUUUUGUUGCUCAAUUUCUAGAUGCAGACUUUGUUGAGAAGGCCAGAUGGAGAUACACAGCUCUUAAUCAGAAGACGGUUGAAGUCUGAAGAGAAUAUGCAAAUAUUGAAAGCCAUGCGACAAAUUGUAAAUUUCCAGAAGAGCAGAGAGGUAGCCAGUCCAGAUGGUCUUCCACAUUGUGUGUGUUCAAAGCUUUAGUUUUUCAAUAUUUUGUGGUUUCAAGUUUCAUGUUCAUUUCAAUGUGAGAAAUUGUACGUUUAAUUCAAGCAAAGUUUGAUAAUUGAAAAUACGUGUUUGCACAUU